CCAUCAUCAUCAUCAGUGCUGAGUGAACGACACGACACACAGCCACACAGAUAUUGAACUGAAUGGCUUUUUCAUAGCUAUUUAUUGUUGUUUUUGUUUAUAUAUAUAUAUCGCUAGUGUAUUUUUGCUAGAGUAGAGCUCAGCUGAUUUCAUAUUUGUGGAUUCCUGAUUUCUCAAAUGGAUUUUCCUCCAGAGAUCAGUGUUUUUAUUCUGUCUCUGGCAGCACCUUUUAUUCUCUACACAAUCAACAAUGUGUCCUUCCUGCAAGAUCCACAGGUUAUACUGGCAAUAGGGAUAAUGGUUCUUACAACGAUAUUUCUCCUGGCAAACCUCAGCAUCAAGAGUCAAAAAUCCACCGACCCUCUCUUCUACGUGUUUGCGGUGUUUUCCUUCACCUCUGUUAUCAGCAUCACCAAUGCACUGCAGCACACCGGAUUUAUCAAGGGCUUCAUGGACUUUUAUAUAAACAAGGGGGAGCCGUACCUGAGCACAGCACACUGCAUCAUGAUGAGCUUCUGGGACGGAGUCCUUCACUACGCUCUGCUCCUCGUCAUGGUCCACCGCAUGACUGCAGGCAAGCCGUUUCGCAGUUUGGGUCUUUUAUGGGCCGGAUCCAUGAUCGCCAGUCAGAUCGUCUUAAUCGCAGGCAUUGUAGUCGGUAAAUAUGGAAAAAACCUCAUCCCCGCUUUCUGGAGAAACGCCCCUUCUCUGGUUUUAACCGUAUGGGCGGCGGCAAAGCUCUUCAAUAGGCCGAGAGAGCUGUCAAUCAUUCCUGCAGACAAGGUGGAGGCGGAGCAGAAGAAAGCGCUGCUGUUUCGUCCCAAAGAUCUGCUGCUUACGCUGGGCCUCAUAGGAAGCAUCAUCUUCACUGCCUUCAGAGGCUUUGUUGCUCUCGAAUGUUCUCUGGAUUUCUGUUUUACUUAUAUCUUCCAGUACGAGCCGUACAUGAAAGACAGCGUGGGCUUUCCAAAAGUCACGAUGCUGGUGUUCCUCUUCUAUGUUUUGCCGAUCCUGACGGCGUGUGUUUAUGGGCUUCACGCUCCUGGAUGCACAUGGAUGUUGGACUGGACUCUGGUUCUUGCAGGAGCUGUAGCUCAGAUGCAGUGGACUCACCUGGGCUCAUCUGUUCACUCGCGCACACCCUUCACCUACAGGAUCCCCAGAGACGAGUGGAGGCAGGUGGUCACGCUGAACCUGCUAUACACAGCCGUGCCCGUCCUCCUCGCCGUCCGCUGCUACAUGGACCAGACCUUCUUCAUGAGGAGCGUUCCUCAGGAGCAGGCCAGCAACGGCAAGAAGAAGAAUUAAAACAUGCUCAUGCAUGCCUCCUCUUACUGGACAGUGAAGCGUUUCAGAAGAGAGACACUGUUAAAACGUGCAGGGAUUAUUUGAUAAAGCAUCAAUGUAUCUGUAUCUGCUAAUAUUAGUGAUUUUGAAAUGUUCAGCA